GCACUUCCAUUAAUCUCCCCCAAAGGCACACAUUUCUCACAAGUCCCCUCCUAAACCCUGCACGGAGGGAGAGAGAGAAGGAGAGGCCUUGCCUUGAGAAACAGAAACCAAAUCCUUUCCUUAACCUUCACGCCGCCAUUACACCUCUCUCUCUCUCUCUCUCUCUCUCUCUCUCUCACACACCUUUCACUUCUCAUAAAAACCUCUGUUCAUCUCACAGUUCCACUUCAAUAACCCUGCAUUCCAAAGCAUUUAAAAAAGUCUCAGAACUCACUGCGAUUCGCUGCCUCCAUUGACCCUACCCACUACCCCAUUUUCUUCCCCCUUUAAAUUCCCACUACAUGCUUCACAUACUCUCUCGAGAAAAAACACAAGGGGAAAUUUAAAUAAAAAACCAGUCUUUCAGAGGGAAGAAACAGAGGAAAUGUCAUUAAUAAACAGCCCGCCCUUAUCUUCUUCUCUUUCCGUUUCUUUGUACUAGUUUUCUUGGGCUUUCUUGCGCAUUUUGUCUCGUAAAUCAAACAAAGAAAAAGAAACAGAGCAUUACAGAGUGAAAAAAAAAAACAGGGGAAAGGCAUCAAGAAACAGGAUUUUCCUUCUUCGGAUUUUCUCUUCUUGGAGGUUUUUCCACAUGGGUUUCUGGAAAAAUCAAGUGGGUGAUCAACCAAAAUGCCUGAAAAUCGAAGGGCCAAUCAUAGUCGGCGCAGGGCCGUCCGGACUAGCAGUCUCUGCUUGCCUCAAGGAAAACGGUGUACCCUCUCUGAUUCUCGAGAGAAGCAAUUGCUUAGCUUCAUUGUGGCAACAGAGGAGCUACAAUCGCCUGAAGCUCCACCUCCCCAAACAAUUCUGCGAGCUCCCUCUGUUUGGUUUCCCAGAAAUUUACCCAAAAUACCCAACAAAGCACCAGUUCAUCUCCUACCUGGAGUCGUACGCUGAGCACUUCAACAUUCAGCCAUUGUUCAACCAAGGUGUGGAAAAGGCAGAGUACGAUCACAGUGCGGGGAUAUGGAGGGUCAGGACUCAGGACUGUGAGUACGUUUGCCGGUGGCUGAUCGUCGCCACGGGCGAAAACGCCGAACCGUUCACGCCGGAGAUCGCCGGGAUCGAGAGGUUUGAUGGGGCCGUGGUGCAUACGAGCGGGUACAAGUCUGGUUCUGAUUUUAAAAACCAGAGGGUUUUGGUUGUUGGGUGUGGGAAUUCUGGCAUGGAGGUCAGUUUGGACCUCUGCAGGAACAAUGCAAGCCCUCAUAUGGUUGUUAGAAACACUGUUCAUAUUCUGCCUAGGGAGAUGUUUGGCUUCUCAACUUUUGGAAUAGCAAUGGCCCUUCUCAAAUGGCUACCUCUGAGAUUGGUAGACAAGCUUCUGUUGCUGGCAGCCAACUUCACCUUAGGCAACACAGACAGUUUAGGCCUCCGGCGUCCGAAAACCGGCCCAAUUGAGCUCAAAAACGCCACCGGAAAAACCCCGGUGCUCGACGUCGGAGCAAUUUCACAGAUUAAAUCUGGUAAAAUCACGGUUAUGGAAGGUGUGAGGGAGAUAACAAGACACGGGGCCAAGUUUAUCGAUGGGCAAGAAAAAGAGUUUGAUUCUAUAAUCUUAGCAACUGGGUACAAGAGCAAUGUUCCUUGUUGGCUUAAGGGUAGUGAUUUCUUCACAGAGGAUGGGCUGCCCAAAACACCCUUUCCAAACAGUUGGAAAGGGGAGAAAGGAUUGUAUACGGUUGGGUUCACAAGAAGAGGCCUCCUUGGCACUGCAUCAGAUUCCCUUAACGUUGCCGGAGACAUUGCUGAACAAUGGAAGACAAUCAAGGGCUCCAACAUAAUUUGGAAUUCCCAUAUUGUCCUCCAAGUAUAGCCAAUCAGAAAAAAGACGUCACAAAAGGGAAAAAAAGAAAAGAGAAGAAAGUUGAUUUGAGGGGUAUAAGGGGGUUUCAUGGUCACCAAGCAGAACCUUUUCAUUUUUAUUUUACCUUUGUUUCCAUAAUGUUUUUGUCCAAGUUGUAAAUAUUGCCAAUUUUGCUUGGGGGGUUUGCUUAGUAUGUAUGGUUUUUAGCUUUGUAUCAUACAAUUUUCCAACAGCAUAUGAAGUUCCAACUUCAUGAUGGUUUGCAACCUUUGUCACAUAAUCAGGAUGAAUUACGCUCGCUGUUUCAAUUCUCA